UUUGUAUGUGAAGUGUGACAAAAUAAAUUGUGUGCGAUAAGGUGGGAUUGUCAGUCGUCUUUUUGUGCUUGUUGUUUUGACUAAUUAACAAGCUAUCGCGAUGAAAAACGCUGACGCCGAAAACCAAUCGCUCCUACGCGGAAAAAUGCUGGCAAAACUAAUUCUAGCUGCCCUUAUCGGUAUUUCUGUGUCAUCACUGAGUCAUGGUUCAACAUUGAAGUGCUAUACGUGCAAUUCAGACGAUGAUGCUGGAUGCUUUGAGAAUCCAGAAAAUCAGAGAAUUGAAGAGUGUGGCCAUGUAAUUGCUGAUCUAAGUUCUACGCGUUUUCGCUGUAUGACCAUCAAAGGUGUAAAUGGAAAUGAAAAGAUCGCCGUGAGACGAUGCGCAGUGAAUGAUGAAUGCAAUUUUCAACUGAGAUCUGACAAAUCCUUCGAAUGGGGCCCCAAAAUCUUCCCGGAUGCUUCUUGUGACGAAUGCAAUAGUGAUUUGUGUAACAAAAAUUAAAUGUUUGUUCAACGAUCGUGUAAAAUUUGUUCAGGGUAUGCAAUAAAAAUUUGUCGUAUGAAUCCGAAA